CUGUGAGUCGGUGAACCCGACAGGCAGUCGCUGUUGUCCGGGACCAAGCACCGUCGAGGGUCGCAGUCAUGUCGGCAGCUGCUGCGGGGACCAAGGCAGCCCACGGGGAUGUGGCCCCGAAGAAGAAGAGGGGCCCCGGCGCCCUGGCCACGGCCUACCUGGUCAUUUACAACGUUGUUAUGACAGCGGGGUGGCUGGUGAUCGCUGUGGGUCUGGUCAGAGCUUACCUGGCCAGAGGAAGCUACCAUGGGCUGUACUACUCUAUAGAGAAGCCUCUGAAGUUCUUUCAGACUGGAGCUAUUCUGGAGAUAGUGCACUGUGCCGCAGGAAUUGUACCGUCCUCAGUGGUCCUGACCGGAUUCCAGGUCAUGUCCCGGGUGUUCCUCACCUGGGCUGUCACCCACAGUGUCAGAGAGGUGCAGAGCGAGGACAGCGUGCUGCUGUUCGUCACAGCCUGGACUGUCACAGAGAUCAUCCGCUACUCCUUCUACACCUUCAGCCUGCUCAACCACCUGCCAUACCUCAUCAAAUGGGCCAGGUACACCUUCUUCUUCGCGCUAUAUCCUAUGGGAGUGACCGGGGAGUUGCUGACUAUCUAUGCAGCUCUGCCGUAUGUGCAGAAGACGGGCCUGUACUCCGUCACUCUUCCCAACAAGUACAACUUCUCCUUCGAUUACCACACCUUCCUCAUCCUCGUCAUGAUCUCCUACAUUCCCCUCUUCCCCCAGCUUUACUUCCACAUGAUACGACAGAGGAAGAAGGUCCUGGGCCACAUAGACGACUACAGCAAAGUGGAGUGAGCUGAACAGUAUUUCCGCAGAAAAUGAAAAACCAAAACAACCGAGAGAAGAGGAACUAAAUCGCAUCUGAUUUACAUAAAACCCCGGCAGUUUUCAAACUGCCAGAGCUGACCUGGCAGACGAUCAAAUUAUCAAGCAAAGUUAUUAUUAUUACUUUUUCUCUUACAGCUGUUGUCUGGUUUGUAUAAAUGCUCACUAAUGAACGAACUGGUGUUAUUUUUUUGGUUGUUUUGAUGUUUUCAUUCAUGAACUAUCAGGGCAUCGAAGGCCUCCACCAAGGCUAACGGCCUAUCUCGCCUUGUUUAACCAACUAACAACAAAUGCCAAUGAAAACACAACCCAGUUGGUGGAGGUAAUACAAUAAGGGGAGUCUUCUUUGUCUAGGGUUAAAAUACAAUUUGUUUGAGGUCAGUGGGUCAUUUGACAUGGAAGCUAUUAAAAACUAGAGUGUAUAUCUCUGCCAAGGCCCAACAGUCCCCUUAUGAAACCACAUUUUUAUUGAAUCUGCUCCAAAUCCCACACACUCAUGGAUAUCAGUAUCCUAGUAAAAUAUCUAUCUACGAAAAUGAAAAAGUAAUUCCUGGAUCCACAGUGAUCAAUCAUUUUUGCGUAAUCUUGCAAACCAACUAACAAACAGAUGAAAACCUGACGUCCUCGGUGGAGGCAUCGAACUGCAGUUACUUUAUUAUAGCCAAAGAUCUUACGGCUACAGAGGAACUGUAUUUUGACUUGAGCUGCCAUUACUCGAUCACGGCAAAGCAUUGAACUGCAUCCUGCACUGAUAGAAUCAAUAAUCUUAUUUUUCAAUGACUGUUGAAAGAUAGAUUUCUCACCUCCCUAUUGUCUUUUUUUAAGAUGCAGUUUUCCUUCACUGCAAUGUAGAGAAAAUAAUGUGAAGACUAGUUCCACAACUAGGUUGUCUGUAGGUUUUGCAUCUACAGUGUCAAGUCCACAUGUGUCUGUUUUUUUUUCUCAUUUCAAUACAGUCAGACGUUUGAUUUCAUUCCUAAUUUAAUCAAUAAAUGAUUAUUUUCA